AUGGCAGUGUUGGUCGGCUUACACUCCUGUCUUUCUUUCCUUCGUUGAGGAGCAUUGAAUCCAUGGUGCCAUUAGACCCACACUAGUCAGAAUAGGGAGGGGAAAAUCAGAUGACCUUAGGAAACACGCCUCAACCAAGAUGCAGCCAUGGAGAAGCAUGCAUGGGACAGCUGAUUACCCAACUCCUCGACCUUGGAAUUUCCGCGUUCGGGACACAGUAACGCUGGAAGCAGACUCUUGCACGAUAGCCAAGGGGGCUAAUGCAAGCAUGCAAAGGUGUGGGUACAUGGUGAACGAACUGGUCGGAAAACCCAAAGCAUAGGUCUCCCGCAGGAUGUCAGACAAGACUGGUCUGACACGCAAACCAGGGCGCCGCACGUUGUUAAAAGCCCAUGCUCGUCCACGCAGGGAACCCAUUCCUAAGGACAGCAGCCCUAAGGAAAGCGUACCGUCAUCAAAGGGUGACGACAUUGUCUGUGAUACUGCCGAAAGGUCUACCUCAGCCUCACAAGAGGCUUGCGACGACGAGCCGGAGGAAGGCUCUACCACUGCCAGCGAAGAGGAGGAGCCCGAAGCUGGGCCUUCGUUAGAUGAUGCCCCUGGACCGUCGGGUAUUUCCCAGGCUGUGAUCAAACCCCGUGAACCUGACACUCCGCUCGUUGACCCGAAACUUCGUGAACAACAGAUACUGGGAACCAAGGAGUCGGAGCAACUGACACCAGAGCAGAAAACGGAUCUGUUGAUAACAAAUUGCAAGUCUCUUGGUGACAAUCAACACGAGUGCUGUAUUUGCAAGAAGAAGAUCCGUGGAGGUUUGACGCAUCUGAGAAUGCAUAUGAGAACGCACACAGGACACAGACCGUACAAGUGCGAUCUUUGCGGUGCCCAGUUUGUACAAAGAGCUCAACUUCGUGCUCACAGCAUUUGUCACUCCGAACUUCGGCCAUUCGCAUGCGAGAUCUGCAGGAAAAGGUUCAAGCGAGCAGAAAGUGUCAAAGACCAUAUGAAAGUGCAUACGGGUGAAAAACCGUUCAAAUGCUCGUAUUGUGAACGGUGGUUUGGCCACAAGUGUGACGUGGUGAAGCACGAACGGGUGCACACUGGGGAAAAACCGUAUUCCUGCCAACACUGUGGACGAGCCUUCAGCCAGAAGGGAGCACUUAGAGUCCAUAUUCGAACGCAUACCAAGGAACGGCCUUACCGAUGUCCGCAUAAGUCUUGCGACAAAGCGUUCCCGAUCCUGUCGAGUUUGCAGCGGCAUUUGUGCAAACAUUCGGGGACGAAACCAUUUACGUGCGAAGUUUGCUCGGUUUCAUUUUUCACUCAGACGCAUCUUAAGCGGCAUCAGAAAACGCAUUUUGAGCAAGGAGAAGGUUCUCAGGAGGAAUCAAUACCAAGCCAACCAACACCUCCGCUGCUGCCUUUGGCGCCUGCAGCUCCGCCAGUGUCCAUGGCCCUACCAACGCCGGAGCUCAAGUGCGAAAAGUGCCUCCGAACGUUCCUUCAUCACGCAUCGUGGCAGCGACACGCGGCCAUUUGUGGCACUGAACAAGUCGCCGACCAGCCCGCGGAACUAGUGACCGUCCCGCCGCCCGCGCACCAGCCGACAAUCACCUCUGUGUUUCAUCCGAAAAAGUUUCGUCGCGCUUUGCAUCCGCCGCCACUCAUGAAAUUCAGGAGCAAGCAGGGUGACGAGAUUGAAGUGGGAUUGGUGCAGAAGAGUGCCGCAACGUCGUUGUCGUCAACGUCGAGCGAGGUGGAAGUGGCCGCAGCGGAAGUGACAAUCGAGCCGAAGGAUCCUAUGCAGUCGAGUUCAGUGGUGGUGGUGGAGGAGAGUGAGUUGGUAGAUGUCGCUGCGCCGGGGCCGUCCGGCGUGUCGGCCCCGGAAGCCGGAACUGUCGUAUUUUUGAAUCGCGAGGUUACCAUCCGGAAGUUACCUUCCAAAAAUUGAGAUGUUGGCCCACCAUGUAAUUCUUUUUCCGUCGUCGUUACCAAACAAUUCAGAUUCCCCCCCCCGCUCUUUUCAAAAAUCCAAUCAUUUAUGGUUUCAGAACUGCGUCAUUGGAGAAAUAUUUCUUUUUAACUACAGUACCUCAGGAAGCCAGUUCAGUUCAACAUUCUCUCAGAAUCGUUUGAUGUUACGAAACCGUUUUGUGGAGAUAGAAACGAGAUUUUGGUACCACGCUGUAGAUUGUGUCAAACUUCUCCAGCGAUUUUCCCGCGAACGCUAGAAAAUUCUAUGUAAUUUUUUUUUACUUUUUCAGUUUAGUUCCAGUCGUACAGUAAUUUUGGCAUUGUUUUUUAUCCGUGUUGAUCAGCAUUGAAUUGGUAUGUACUCUUUCUCGUGCAGAAGUACGUAAACCUCUACGUAAAAAAAAAACAGAAGAUUUGUGAAUAAUUCGAUAAGUUCAAGUCAGAGAAACCUCGAAGAGAAACUACUAGUUAGCUUUCGUUUGGGUCGACAAUGAGAAAAAAAUCUAAUCGAGGAAGAGGCAUUGGUCUGAGUCCGGCUUGAAUAGGAGCCGAUACACAUGUCUUUCUGUGUUGGAUUACAAUGAGGUCACUUUUAGCGUUCUGUUGAUUGCGGUUAUUUCUAUAGUUUUUGCUGUGAUUGAGGGAAUACGGGAAGAAUGUCUUAUGUGAACUCGCAUCUGUUCGUGUGCUAAAAUAUUAAUAACCAUGUGUAUUUUUACUUUAAUUUUCAAAAAUAACUUGAUUUCUCAGGCACUUUUAUUUUAUUUUUGCGAUGCUCAUGGAUCUGUUUGUAUAAUGUUAGUGUGCUUCUGUUCAAAUGCGCGAGAAAUGUGCGAGAUUCUUCGUUUCUAACUGGUAAUUCAGUUUAAAAUUUUAUAUUUUACUGCUCAUUGAACUUUUUCGGAAACUGAAUUUUAAUCGAUUGAACUAGGUUACAUUUACACGAUUAAUUUGUUCGAAACCUUGCAUUACUGAAGUUUCCGAAAGGCAGCCUGUAUUGCAAGGUAUUUUGGGUCUUGUUGAGGUGUUGCUCAAAUGAUUUAUGUCCUAACCGAUUAAGUAAGCCUCAUAAAAUUUUGGCCGUCCAUUUCCGAAGCUAUUAUUGAUUAGAUACUAUACUAUACUGUAAUAUGGCUGUAUGAAAGUCGAGAAUGCUUUGUGGUUGAAGUUGAUGCUUUAUUCGUCGUUUUUUUCUUUCUUCUGGUAAAUUUUGUGGAUAUACUGUACGUAUUUUUAGGAUUCGAACGCUAGAAGUGACCGAGCUUGUAAACGCACAAGGCAGUUCAAGACCCAGUGAGGAAACGAAUUGUCCCGGUGUUGAACUAGUUGUGUGAGCUGACGUUGAAUCCAUCCAGAGGUGCCCACGAAACAGCUCGCCUUACUUUUUUUUUGUAACUCAGAGGAAGAUUUUUUAUACAGUAUGCGAACUCGUGGCAUUCCUCGCGGGAAAUUUUUUUGCUACCCUGUAAAUAAAAGGAGAAAGAAAUGGGAUGCGAGGGAAACAGAUUGUGAAUCGGUAGUGGGAAACGAAACUCGGUGUUUUUUCCUAAUCACGCACUGCCAUUCCGUGAAACAAAAAAAAAAAAGAAAUGAAAAGAAACCGCACUGGAUGUGUGUAUUAUUCGAGUGACUGGAGUUACCAAUUCCCACACACCGAGGCGGACAUCUUGGAGAACCGAGAAUCAACGGAAGGAAAACGUUUUUUAAAGCAAACUUCGGGAAUUGAUCCGACCUAGUCAAUCGUGCACCUGAGGGGUUUUUUUUUUAACCCGGGAGAAGAUCCAUUAGGAAUUUUUGGUAAUUUUUUGAAUACGAGGGAAUGGAAAUUUGGUUCGUCGUUGACGACUUUGUAGUACCUGGUGAUUGCGUGCCGACAGUGCCUGAAUGCUGGUGAUUAUCCUCGCUUUUUCUCUGGAUUUUUUAGUGCUGUUUCAGUAUUAAUGGCCGCUCCCUGAGUUUAUUCUCCGUGGUUUUUCUUUUUUUCUUUUCUUGGCGUUUCGCCACUACGUGGCGUCUUUGAAAUGUCAGUGCCUUUAUGGAGUGAGUGCUUUGUUUUGGAAUGAGUUUCUGUCGCUUGACGAAAUGUCGAAUUACCUCAAGUUACCUCUCAUGGCAUGUUUCCCGAUGUUCUGGUCGAAACUCGGGGACAAACUUUGAGAGACUGCUGGAAUUACAAUUGGAGAAACCAUUUUUUAGAAUCCGGAAUCCAUUUCUUUGUCGUCUUAGCCAACAUAUAAUUUACGGUAUCAUUUUUUAUUUAUUUUUGCUCAAAAAAAGAAGGGUUUGCGUCUCUGGAGAAAAAUUCUUCCCAUCGAAGGAAACUCUCUUCACAGACGGAAGUGUGUUGCUGUGAGUGGAUUCCAUGUUGAAAAGCUUGCACGAAGUUGUGGAUUUUGGCCUCAUGAAUCUCGAGGUUUUCGAAUACUUCAUCGUCGUAUCUUACGGUAUUUGGUCUGUGUGAGAAUUCGAAUAUUUGCAGAGCUUUCUAUUCCUUUCCACUCACGUCUUCUUGAUUCUCAAUCUCCAGUUUUCAGGUCUUGAUAUUUUUUGUGUUGAUGAUCUGGAAUGGAAUUUAUCGUUGACGGGCUUCUUCCCGGUUUGGAAUUUUGCGUAAUUUUCUUGGCUGGGAAUCGUCUUUCUUACGGAUGCUUUGGUGUGAGUACGAGGAGUCGUUGGACCGGAAGAACAUGAUGGUCAAGAGAGGAAAGAAAAUAUUUUCUGUUUAGUUAUUCUGCCGCAUGCUGAUGCUUCGGACGAGCUUCAGAAUCAUGUCUAUGAUGAACUCAAAAAUUGUCAAGAUGCUCAGCAGAGAGAACCCUGUGAGAAGUCCGAGGGUUCCUCCGAGUUCCCCCAGGAAAUUCGUGGUGUCGUACCCUUCCAUCUCCUCGAUAUGCAUCAAUUCGUCCGUGGCUAAAUACAGCAUCAAUUCGCCGAACUUGUCAUUUUCUCGUGACGUCAACGACCUGGAGAGGAUAUUGGGUUCGUAGCGGAUGUUUAGACACGUUCGGAUGCAGUGUUUGCACUUGGAUUUGACGACGGCGUCGAACGGAGGAUUUGAUAUUGACGACAACUGCUUGAAAAUGGAUUCCGCCUGAGUGUAAUUUUUGCAGAUGGGAGCGGAGAUUUCCAUCCACGGCAUCUUGCAGCGGAUUUUUGAACGAGGAUGGAAGAUUCACAUAUGACACAUUGAGACAAUGGACAACGGAAUUCUAGAACCCUUCGCCGUCGGUACUCAGUUGCUCGGAAUUACGAUUUUUACCAUGCUUACUACUUGUACUAAGGAUAUCUGGUACAGUUGGACCUCUUUGACUCCAACAUCCCCAACUCGAAUUUUUUUCUAGUUCAUUAUCAAAGUAUUGUGCAUUACCUUGAAAACAAUUUCACCUGAACCUCAUGUAAUCAAAAUUUAGGAAGAGAAGCAAGGGUUGGAAAUUUAAAUGUCAUUGGUUUUGGAAAGGAAAAUGAGCAAAUUGAAUUGGUCCAUAAAAUCCUGACUUGAGGGUUCAGUCAUUUCUUUUGUAUUGGGAAUAAUCAUGAAAAUGCUUAUUGACACGCUACACACAGUGUUGCAGAGACAAAUUCAGCCCCUAUUACUUUAAAAUUUUGCAGCAAGCAUUUUCAGCGACUCCCCUACCUGAAAACCUCUUGAAAGCCAAAUUUUCUGUUGGUCCCUUCAAAUUUGGUUUGGAGAGGUCCGGCUUUACUACAUUUUGUCCAAUGCAAGAUUUUAUCAACUGCAGCCAAUCCCAGAUUUAGUGCCACAAAUUUCCUUGGAACAAACCUCCCUAUUGUGUUCUUAAGAGAAAUCCCAAUGUAUAGUACCAGAUCACUUAUUGCCAAAAUAAUUCCUUUUCCUAAAUCAAAAGUGAACCGAAAGGAAAUAAAUUAAGGGCUUCUUCUAGGGUUAUCCCUAGUUAAUACUAGUUAUUACUGAGAACAUUACUAUGCUCACGUAAAAAUGCUGGAUAACUUUGAACCUGAAUUUACAAUGUUGAAAAUAAUUUUUGUGGUUGCGUGACACCUGAUCUUCCUUAAAUUACAAUUAAUAAAAUGGGAGCUUUCCUUGAAAUGUUUGGGAUUACUGUAUGACUCUUAAUGCACAAUUUUUAAAACAAAAGUUCAAGCGUAAAAACGGAACAUAUUCCGUCUUGGUAAGUAUUUUUAAAUAUGCGGUAUUAUACAAACAGUCAUUUGAACUUUAAAUUUUUUGCGGAUAUCUUCCAUAAGAAGGAUACAGGGGCCUAACAAACGUGUGAACAUGCUUAUUUUGCCUACGAUAGAAACCCUUAGUUAUGAACCUUUCUCUCUUGAAGUACUUACCAUAUGGUGCCACCCUUGCUAAGUGCCACAAAAUACGCCGGUAUAAAAGGCAUUAAAUUGAAGGUUGACUGUAAAAUGCAUCUCAAUUCUCCCUUUUUCCACCAAAAAUUAGAAAUGUUGCAUCAGGACAUAAUAGUAAAACCCAGUUACAAGACACCCCCAAUAAGAUACCACUGUCAGCAGAUGCCAAUUCUUUUGUUAACGUAUUUUCUCCAAUUAUAGUAUCAUUGGAAAUCCCACCAAAUGCCAAAAUUAUUAACAACACAAAUUGCCUGCCUAAAAUAUUUAAUUUCCUGUGAGAGGUCUCCCAUUGAUAAAAACACAAGGAUACGUAAUUUACUUCUUGGAAAGAUUAAUUACUAUAGAUGUAUUGUUUUGAUUGAUCUCUAGAAGAAUAAUUUUAUUUCCUAUCAUAAUUCAUUUGAGAUCAUUUUAGCUUUUUUUUUUAAACUAGCAACCCGCUUGUUGAACUGCCACAAUAAACCGCAGAAAAAAAUUGUGUUGGCUUAUCCAGGUUUUACUUCACGGCGCCCUUGAGUGUCAAUUUAAAUGUUUUUUCUGGUUAUUGAUGAAUGGAACAGUCUGCCUUCCAUUUUAUAAAUUCGUGCCGAAUAUUAAAAUCGAA